AUGAGAAUUCUAUGUUGCCAUGGCUUUGGGACAGGCCCGGAGGUCAUGAAGCACCAGCUCGCAAAGCUCCAAAAAUAUUGCGACCCGAGCUGGCAGUUUUACUUUGUCGCCGGACAGUUUGAAGGUCCACCUGAUCCAGGCGUCGCGGCUGCCUUUCCCGGUCCAUAUCUCUGCUAUAGUCUGGAUUUCGAUACUGCUGGCAUGAGAGCUGCCCACGGCUUACUUGAUCAAGAAUUCGAGAAACAUGGGCCUUUCGAUGGAGUUCUUGGAUUCAGCACGGGGGCGGCUCUGUUGGCGGCCUACCUACUUGAAAAAAUGGCUCUAUACCCCGAAAAGCCGCUCCCGGUGCAAUUCGCCAUUUUCUGUUCUACCAUACCGCCUCUUUCUGCGGACUCGGCGUACACAGAGAUGGUGUUAGGAUCAUUAUCACCAGAAGAACAGCAGCGCAUUCGCUCCAGUGAUGAUAUACAAAUCUCUCAGCUCCCGGAGCCCAUUCGCUCUUCGAUUAGCCUAACGGCUCGGUGCUUUGAUCUCUUGAAGGCUGUUCAUGGUCGGCCGCUCUCCGACUUUCUUGACCGCAGCAUGAUUGAUGUUCCCUGCAUACUGCGUCCUGAUGUUUAUAACGCGCGUCUGGCAAUUCCCACUUUCCACUGCUGGGGCAAAAAUGACCCGCCAGUAUUCCAGGAGUCUGCAAUGCUGGUUGAGUCUUUUUGCCAUCCCAGGCUGUGCAUUUCCUACCAGCAUAGCGUCAUUCAUAACCUGCCUCGCUCCGCAGUUGAAGUGAAGGAGAUGGUGUCUGGUAUUGAGAAAAUGAUUUCCCUGAACCAGCAGCCGAGAUUAUAG